UAAAAAUACGAACAAUGUCGUAUUUUCUUACUGUCACUAUAACUUUCUAGAGUAUCACCGCCAAUAAUCCUUCAAGAUGAUGAAGCUACUCGUAUUGGUUUUGCUCAUUGUAGCACUUCUUGUAUCCAUGGUUGCAGCUGAAUGCGAAAUUACGGAAUGCAACAGAUUCUGCCACAAGAUAGGCCGCACAGUAGGGCUCUGCGUCUUUGGACAAUGCGUAUGCCAGUGACACCACCACGGCCCUUGUAUAUCGUCUUCUAAGCUUUGUUUAUGUAUUCUGAUUACUAUGCUAAGGUUCAAAUACAGUACUCAAUAAUCAA